UUUUUCGUUUUCUCGAAUAACGCGCGUCAGUGAAGGAGGAGAUGCGCGAGAAGAGCGCGACGCCGAAUUCUGUUUUCAUUAUUUAGUUUGGAAACUGAUUGGUAAUAAUAGAUACCGGCCAAUCAGUGUGCCUGCCUUUCUGCCAAACAGGACUACUGGGUACAGAAAGCAUGGAGGUCGAACAGCCGGAACUGUUGUUCUUUGAUACGUUCUCUCACGAUUCUUACGAGCGUAAUCUGGACUUGGUGCAGUUUCCCAACCCGGUCUACAUAACGGAGGUACGCAUCAUACCGCUGGGGGCGCGCGUCCAUGCUGACUUCCCGGGUGGUGUUCGGCUCGGUGCGACGAAUCCUUCCAACUUCCAUAUCGAGCUAUUCGUAAACGAUCUUGGCAAACCGGGAGCAGCCGUGUUCGAGAGUCUGGGCGAGCUCGAGUACAACCAGAACAAUUGCAUCCACCUGGAGUGUGACCGCCGAGCGGAGGAAUUUGUGCGUCGCAUCCCAACCGAUGGGCUGGUGCUGAAGGGCUGGUACACCACGCUGACACUCGCCGUGUACGGCAUUCUCACCACCAGCAUCGCAGAACCGAUCAUAUCGCCGCGCGAAACGACACCCCAUCCGAGCGAUGCGCUGCUCGUUGGUGGUCACGAAGCGGGUGGCAUCGCUGAACCGAUUGGGUGCGGGGUCGAGUGGAAUCAGGAGGUGGUGAUCCACAACCCGAACGUUGUGUUUGUGCAGAAGGAGUACCCGGAUGAUGAUAGCGAAGAUGCCCCCAAGGAUCCGCGGCCGUACGCGCGUCGUGUUGCAGCGGCGGCGGCGGCGGCAGUUGCUAACGUGGCCAGCCCACCAGAACCCAUCUAUGAGCCACUAGAGAGCGGCAAAAUACUGCCAAGCGAGUAUGAGCUGGAGGAGAAGCGCGUGAAGUGCUCGGCCCAGCAACUACGUACGUCCGAGCACCAGGUGCUGUUGCAGCAGCAGCCAACACCGGUGGUGCAGCAGCAGCAACUACAGGCGCAACAGCCGGCGCCCCAGCAGCAGCAGCAACAGCAGCACCAGUACGCGUACGAACCUGUUCGCUCACCUCGCCAGCGUCGGCACAGUAGCCGCGACGAAUUUUCUCGCUCGCCUAGUCUCAGCAAGGAGCUGGAUUCCCCACCACCACCACCUUUACCACCGCUGUCGGCCAAACAGCCAGGCCAGUCGCAGCAUAUACGUGAAUGGUCCCGCAGCCCCGAUUAUCAGCCACCACCGUUGCCACCGUUCUCGUCCCGAUCGCGUCGAUUGCGUAGCGUUUCGUUCGAGCGGGGGCAGCACCGUGACUCAUCGUACGAGCGGAGCGUCGAGAAGGAGGACCGACGACGGCCACGUUCGCCAAUCGAUUCGCCCCGUCGUCCCCGCUCGCCAGAUCGCAAUGAAUCGUCACCGGAGGAGAUGGAAGAGGAAGACGAACCGCCCCUGUCGGGAGCCUCGAUCAUUGAGCCGGAUGAGAUAUUGUCCGAGAGGGAGGAGCUAAGUAAAGCAGGAUCGAGCUUUCACCGGACAGCCGCUCAAGCUCUGCCCGCCAGCAAGUAUGGCGGACGCCAGGACAAGCGGGGUUCCGUAGGCGUGAUCCGGUCACCAUCUAAGCAUUCACCUUCCUCAGGCUACAGCGCAACGCGCAACAGUGGACAAUUGCCGCAGGUGCAAUCAUCGCAGCAGCAGCAGCAGCAGCAACAGCAGCAGCAGCAGCAGCAGCAGCAACAACAACCGCAGCAGUCGCAGCAACCGCUACCGCCACCUCAAGCGCACCAUCACAGUCAUCACCAGCACGGACACCAGCACCAUUACCAUUACCCGCAUCAGCACGGACAUCAGCAUCACUCGCAGCAGCAGCAGCCACACCACCACCACCAUCACCAUCAGCGUCAACUGUCUCCUCAUACACCAAGUGGGGGGAACGCGGGCGUGCCGAUAGUUAGCUCACCGCCGCUAGCAGCUACCACCAGCAAGUGCGAGUCGUCCACCCACAUCUCGCCGGUGCAGUCGCCCACGAUGACGGCCAUCGAUGAAGAUGUGCUGUCAGUAACGGAGCAGUUCGAGCCCAUUCUGAGCGACGAAGAGAUUCCGGAGGACUACGACUACGAGUCCUCCGACUGUGGCGGGGAGUACACAUUCGAGUACGGCAAAUGCUUCAAUCCGUUCACUGCCACGCUCGUGCGGUAUGAGCGAACACAGGAUGCUAACAGUGGCUUCAGUGGGGUCGAGCAAAAGAUUCUGAUCACGAUCGAGCACCUGCUCACGCAGGAGCGGUACAAUCGGGAUGCAACAGAGGGCUUCGAGCAGGAAAGUGCCGAGUGGCGGGAGCGUUUUGUCGAUUACUGUGAGCAGCUGGUGUUGCAUUUGAGCCAGCUGCUGCAGAAGGACGAUGCGCGCGACGCGCUCCAGCAGGUGCUGGAACGCUGGAUUGAUGCUGGCUGGUGUGGCAUUGAGCGGCUGAUCAACUGCAUCCGAAUCGCGCUCGAUUUUGAUUUGGCGAUGGGGCAGGCGCAACCAGCGUACAAGCUACGCCACAUGAAGGCUGGCAUCCGGUUGGCCGAAUUCCUCGGCCCGUACGAGUGUUUCAUGCGACAGCUGUUAGCUCAGGACGAAUUCAAUCUGUUUGAUCGCUUCCUAGGCCUCUAUUCGCAGAGCUAUAUGGCUCUCUCGAUCAAGCUGAUGAUUAUUCGUAGCUUGUACGCGUGCCUGGAUAGCCAGGAAGCGCUGCACUAUUUCCUUUCUCCGUCGUACAACGGCUACCAGCUGCUGCUUGACUUGCUGCAGGAGAAUCCAUCAACACGAAUCGCUUUCGCGCUCAAAUCGUUGCUUCGCAAAAUCACACUGUACGAGAACGUCAAGCUGAUCGGAGCCACCGUGGAGCAAUUGUACGAUGAAGAGCAACAGCGAGCAGUGGCGGCGACAUCGUCAACCGAGUCACACCAGAUGGACCCAGAGACGCUGGAGCUGUUAGAGAUCUGUCUGACCGAGCUAACGAAGACAAUCUCCUGGAACGAGAUAGCACUGUCGCAGCCGAAGCGCUUCCUUCCGGUGACGGCCAAGUUCGAGAUACACAAGGAUCUCUCCUCGUCAAUCAACGUAAACCGUACGAUCGUGCAGUUCUUUAAGUCGUAUCGGCUGCUCGAAUCGUUGGUGCUGCUGCUCGAUCUGAAGGCAACGCCCGGGUCGCUGUGUGAGAUCAUCUACGGUCUGCUGGCGGUGCUACUGCGCAGCCUGCCCAAACUGCGCUAUCUGGCCGAGCGCGCACACGUCAGCAAUCUGCUACUACGCUGGCUGUUCCAGCACGUACCCCCACUGCCAGUGCCGGAUGGGGCAGCUGCCAGCACGGGGGGCAAUUUGUGUGAGUUGCAGCCUGACCUGACGCGUCCCCAGCUGCUCGGGCUAGAGUUGGCAUACAAGCUGCAAACGCUGUACCACCUGGAUGAGCUGGUAGCCGGCCUUCGCCAUCUCUCGAGUAGUAGCGGAUUGGAUGCAGUCGCAGCCGCGGCCUUACGAGAACGCGAGCGGGACAACCUGGCCGAAUGUAUGCAGGCGCUGUACGAACUCACGCAUGGCAUUGGCCGCCGCUUUGCCAUUGAGGUGCUCGGCAUGGACGGUAAUCUGGGCCUGCUGCUCGACCUUCUCGAACGUGAAAAGCGCCUGUUAGCGAAGGAGGAGGCCAGCGUGGCGCAGAGUGGAACAGUUGGUGGUACCAACGAUGGUCGUGAAGCCAGUGGCUGCGUGAAGCAGAAAUCCUCGCCGAUCCUUAGCUACUGCGUUGAUCUGAUUGACUGCACCGUACGCCACGCGGAUGCAGUUACCUAUCUUGCUACGCACGGUUCAGCACUGCUCGGACUGGUGAAACAGCAUGACCAAUUUGAGCCGUCGGUCAGCACGGUACUGCAGGAGCUGGCCGUAUAUCUAAAGCCACUAGAGCUACAUGAUCUGUUCGCGUACGUCGACAUUGGGCCGCUAGUUGAGCUGAUGAAGCGCAGUAUUGAAUACGUGACGGCGUUUCCGGGCGAUCUCAUUACGGCGCUGCGUCUGGUGCGCUACCUCGCUAUCGCGCAGUACGAUGGCUAUGAGCAGCCGAACGGUGGCCACACCGAGUUUAAGUACAAGUACACACUGCUUCAGUUCUACUCGGCCGAUGGCAAGGCACUACUUCUGUCGGUGAUCGAGAAGCUGAAUCACUACUUCGACCAGCCGGCCAUCCACGCAUCGAGUUUGGCAAGUGGCCAGGGCGUGUUACUGACGCAGGUACUAGGCCCGGCCGUUCACAUCCUGCGCAAGCUCGUAACCUAUCUGAUUGACUGUCGCAACACGGAGUUCCGCGAUCUGGCACUGGUCGAGCCGCUGCUCCGGACGUACGCUCUGAUGCAGAGUGUCCCCCCGACCGCUACAAGUAGCCCGGACGCACGCCAGGUGCAGCACGAGAUCGUGCGCAUCCUGCUUGCCUACACGCAACCGAUCCCGACAGAGGGCCUCGACACGAAGAACAUCCAGCGUAGUCUGUGGACGCAGAUGGUGGGCGAAUUAGUGCGGUUCACGCUGCACGGGCCCAAUUACUUCCUGCCGGGGCUGUUGGUGUUGUGCGAGCUGCUACCGUUGCCGCUGCCAAUACACUGCCGCCAACGACUGAGUGUGAUGGAGGUGAACCGUCUGAUCAAGGACCGGCAGCUUUGGUCGGCGCAUCUGCAUCCCCAGAGUCCGGCCAUCGGCGAGCUGAUCCAGACUCUCUGCACCUCCAGCUAUGCGCCACUGCUGGUCGUGCUAAGCCGGGUCUGUCUGCAACUGUCGGAUUUAGCGCCUAACAUGACGCUGCUGAUCUCGAAAUCGCUGGCAGAUUUGAUCGUACAGGAGCCUCUAUUACCGGGUGGGCUGGCCAGCACUAGCCACGCCCGGCUGCUCAGCUUUCUCGCCGGGCUCGUGUGUAAUGCGUCAGUCAAGGUGUCGCUGCUCUCGAUUCUGCCCGGUCGCAUCAUGGACAUGCUGGUGAAUGUACUGCUGAAGCCGGGCCAAACGCCUGCACACCAGCAAACGCAAGAGCACAUCUACGUCGUGUUUCAGAGCCUAUUCGAUGCGGAGAUAGCGCUUAUGUUCGGUGCCGAUAUCGAUCCAGCGCUACAGCUCGCCUGUGCUCUGCCACCAAAAGACAUCAUCGACACGUUCGCUGCGGUCUGCUGUGAGUGCGUAUCGUUCGAAGAGAUCGGCCCCAGUGUGCUCAUUGCGGCCCUCCGCACGAUGCUACUGCUGAUGGAAAAUGACACAACCUUCGUGGCGCUGGUGGUGAAUCUGCUACGCCGAAGCGACGGAUGGCGAACCGUGAUCGGCAAGUUCCUACAAAAGGCGAAGGACAACGCAGAACCGUGGCGCGUUCUGUUUGGUUUGCUUAGCGAACUCUGGCGUGGACUGAUUGAGAUAGAUGAGCGUAGCCUGGAGGCUUUGAAUUUGCCCAAACGGACGCUCGUACUACCGGCUUUGCAGCUUGCGCAGCUCCUGCCCACAGCCGGCAGUGGCGAGUCCAACGAUUUACGAGCCGCCUUAAUCCUGCUCGACGAUAUGCUGCAGGUAUUCAACCCGCCCAAGCCCAAGGAUAGGGAAGGUGCGGAAGAGGAAGAGGACGAAGAGGAGGAGCAGCAGCAGGAACAGCAGUCAGCUGACUUGAUGGACGUGUCGACAGAUUCACCAGCGGUCAGCGCCGUUCUGGUUCCGUCCGGUCACAGUGUGCUGGAGAACAUUGAGUUUUUGCGCAGGCAGUUGACUGUGGCGAUCGAGGCUGGCGACGAAUCGUCCACAGCGCCAAUCGAUUGGGCUGCCAUCGCGGUGGAUCCAUUGCCACAGGCGGAAGGUAUCGUCACGCAGUACGGUUCCCGCAGCGUUUACGUUCUCGUCGAAGAAUGUGGUGCCUCUUCCUCCUCCUCCUCCUCCUCCUCUUCCUCCUCCUCCGAGCAGCAGCAACAACAGCAGCUGAAGACGAGCGAAUGGCUGGGCUUCAUGCCGUGCGAGGACGAUCUAGAGCGGGAGCAGAUACCGUGUGAUCUGCAGGAUCUGGCCAAAACCUGCCUCACCGGCGACACCAACUUGACAGCCGAUUGCAAGCGCUUGCUGCAUUUAUCAGCCUCGCCGCAUUCAAAUCGCGAUCGCCUAACGACGGCACCCUGCUUCCGAACACGCCGCGUCGAGGUUGAACCAAGUACCGGUCGGCCGGAGAAGAAGAUCUUUGCUACACCGUUGCGUGGUCGUGGCUUCAGCAGGGCCCCUACCAUUCGCGGCGAUCUGUUCCGAUCGAGACCACCGAACACAUCGCGACCACCAUCGCUGCACGUGGACGACUUCCUGGCACUCGAAACAUGCGGUGCGCAACCGACCGGCCCGACAGGGUACAACAAGCUGUCGCGCGACAUCAUCACGAUCCGCGGAUCGAACCGCAGCCGUGGUCGCAACUAUCCCGAGCGGACUGGGAGUCGCGUCUCGUCCGGUAGUGGCGGUAACGUCUCCGGCAGCGGUGGUAGCGGUACUGCUAGCGGCGGCGGUUCCGGUAGCCACUGGCAAAGUGGUAGUUCCGGUGGCAGCGGCGGUGGCAGCGGUAGCGGUGGUGGCACCGGUUCCAGCUGGUCGUCCUCUAGCAUGCCAUCGAUGCACGAUGGGGGCGGAUCGGGUGGGAAGCACUUUGGCCACGGUGGUAGCGGUGGUAAUGUGGGUGGUGGCAGUGGGGUUAGCAGCGGAGGCCAUUAUCGGGAUAGCAACCACUUCAGCACGCAGCGACCACGCCCCGUUCGGGGUUUCAAUCGGUACAGCAGCCGACUCUACAGCGGCCGUACCUAGUAGG